AUGUACGGAGCUGGCUUGUGGAGCUUCGCGAAUGCUUACAACAUGCUGGCUGAACUUCUACCUUCUAUCGCACCCCCAGGGCCGCCAUUCCCAUUCAUCCCCAGGAACCCGGCUCACGAGCUCGGAAUGGAAUACUGCGACUACGCCGAAACAUUCGCCAUACUGAAGCCCCUCUUUGAGGAUCUUAGGGUCGUUAUUGAAUCUGUUCCAAACUGGCCUGUAGAAGACACACUCUUGCGUGGCGUCAGAGAAGCCGUCGAGACUCGCCAGGUGCCUUUCUAUCUCGUUUUCGCAACGGCCAUUAUUUCGGAUAUGCACGCCUUCUUCAGCCAAGGGGAGCACCUCAACGUCGACAGCCACAUCAUUGACAAGUUCAUCGAGACGAUAGGAGCAGUACGAGGGAUAGUCGCAGAUUACUACGCUGCUAUCAGAGAGGCGGAGUCGUUGGAGGAGAUGGAGCCGUACGAUGCACGUAUCAGAGAGAUGGAUCAGGAGAUCAAGUGGCUGUUGGACGAGGACCCCGUCUGGCAGGCCAAGAUCAAGAAAUUCCCUAGGCGCGAGAGGGGGCAGGCCAAAAGGGAGCUGGAGAAACAUCGUCUGUUCAAGUACAACGCCAUGAUGUGCGGUCUGGCACUGUACAUGUAUCGCAUGAUUCUUUACAAGACCGGAAUUGCCAUCGCCAAUGCUUCGCGGUCCAUCGUCUGCGCGAUUCAUCUCUGGGACGCAAUAGGCAGUGAGGUAGGCGGUGUGGUGGACUUUCUUGCAAGCGAGUGGGUGGACUCCCGCUUGUUAGGCAUGAUUACGGAGGAUCAGGCGGAAGACUUUUUUCUGGAUGGCGAAGGCGCCGACUACAACCCUGGCUAUAUGAGGAACAUUGCCAUGCACCUGGGAUUCUCAAUUCACAACUUCGUCGACGAAGCAAAGACCCAGCCCCGAAGAGCCAGGCUCCUCGAUGGCAAAAAGGGCAAGAUCACUGAGCGGGUUCCGAUGCACUCGGCGUUUUACGACAGAUACGUAACCUUCAAUGGAAAGACGGGAUCGGAGAACUGGACCUUUGAGGACGUGACAUCUCUGGUCGAAAGGGCUAGCGGUGCCGGUUUCAAACCCAAAUACCCCGUGGAGCUGAUUGUGGAGCUAGCUACGCUUCUUGAAGACGAGCUUCUCCUUGCCAACCUGCCGUUCUUGAUCCUCCACGCCGAAGCAUUCAGAAUUCUCAAGCUCGUACGCGACAGGUGCGAGCCGAUGCUGGUUCCGAUCCUCGGCCCGCUGGCCACACCAAUGAAGGCGAAGAUCAACGUUCCUCUGGUCACAGUGUGGAUCCUACAGGCUCUUGCCGCAAUGCCAGAAGGUGCAGACGUGUUGAGAGCUGCGAAAGACGUGUUCAACACGAAGCUUGUCAACGAUAUAGCGCGUUCGAGCCGUGCCUACAGACGAAUCCAAGAACUCGGAUUCUUGAAGUCUGGUGAGCAGAAGAAGAAGGAGCCGGAGUCCGGGCCUAGCGAACCCCAAUGGGAUCCCGAUUUCAAGCGUAAGUUGGAGCAGCCUAUGGAUCCAAACCGGGCAUAUGAGAGCUUUGGGCUGCCCAUCGACACGUCUCGUUUGCAGCAAACUGGCACAUAUAUCGACACUUCUAAGAUGAAGGGCGAUGCGCUCUCGCAAAUGAGCCAAAAAACGAAAGUCGAGAAGAUCUAUCUAUCCGACGAUGAUGAGCCAAUGGAAAUCACGCACACCACUUUGAGCUUCAGGUAG